GGCCCGAAAGUCUGUCAUUCUUAAACAAGACUCACUUCACGACACAGCAACUGCUGGAAAGAAAGCAUCCACUUAUCCUUGAGAGACACUUUACACUGCAAGACAAAGAAAUGGACAUUGUUAUAUUGAAAAAUGCUGUUUUGCAUGAGUGAUGGAGAUUGUUGAGAUUUCAAUGAGGCUUCAUUUGAUUUAAAAAACUACAGAAAGCAACCCAUAUCCACUUGGACCAGCACCGUCAUGGAGACCUUCCACGGAAGAGACUCAAACAUCACAUCCGAAUCCCCCGUCAACACCAGCCUCCACCUGUCGGGGGUGCCGUACCUGAAGAGACUGGCGCACCUGGACGAGGCUCUGUACCAGGAGUUCUAUGUGCUGUGGGUGACGCUGAUGGUGGUGAACACGCUCAUGUUUGUGGUCGGCGUGGUCCUGAACAGUGUGGCCCUGUACGUGUUCUGCCAGCACAGCCGCUCUCGGACCACGCCGGCCAUAUACACCAUAAACCUGGCGGUGGCCGACCUGCUAGUGGCGCUGUCGCUCCCGGCCCGCAUCGCGCUGUACCACAGCGGCGGCGACUGCGUGCCGUGUUUCUACCUGCACACGUUCAGCUACUUCGUCAACAUGUACUGCAGCAUUUUGUUUCUCACCAGCAUCUGCGUGGAUCGCUAUCUGGCGGUGGUGCGUUCGGCGGCAAGCCGUUGGCGGAGCCCCGUGGUUGCGAAAGGCGUGAGCACCUGCAUCUGGUUGUUCGCCAUUGUGGUCACGUACUCCCUUCAGACGUCUGCGCUGGACUUUUACGGAGAGUCUUACUGUCACGUCGCCGUGCUCUUCGCCCUCACCGUUCUGGAGUUCGCCCUGCCGCUGCUGGUAAUCGCGACGUUUACGAUCCGCGUCGCCUGCGCGCUCGCGGACGGCCGGCUCAUGCCGCAGAGCUUGGGUCGGCGUGUGCGCGCCGUCCGGCUUCUCGUCACCGUGCUGCUGGUGUUCACCGUGUGCUUCAUGCCGUAUCACGUGCGCGAGGCCAUGGUGUAUUUCCAGUUAGGGGGCAGCAGAGAGCAGCACGUGGUUGCGUAUCACGUGACCAUCACGCUCAGCAGUCUGAACAGCUGCCUGGAUCCUGUGGUUUACUGCUUCGUGCCCGAUAGUUUCCGCUCCACAUUGCGAAAAAAACAGAAGAAGAGAUUCGGAGAGAAUCCGAUGGCCAUCAAGGGAAACAGGAGCAGCAAAGCUGCAGGAACGCCGAUGGCCAUCGCGUACAGCGUCGCAACGCUCACGCUCACACCCUACAUACUGCCAGCCAAAGACAUUCCUGCCUGAAAUAAAACACUCAAGAGCUAUGAAAAUCUGUAGCUAUCAGUAAUAUCAAAGAAAUGGGUUCCAUCCUGUAAGAAAAAUCACAUGCAGUCUUAAAAAUAUAGGCAUCUAUAUAGUUCUUCAAGGUUUCCAUUCAACAAAAAGUUUGUAGUGGAAGGGUUUAUUGGGAACUAAUUUUUUUUCUAUUGCAUUGGUUUUUUUCAAGUGUAUUGUAUGAGAUCUCUUUAAUGUCUCGGUAUGUCUUCAAGACAGUGUUGAGAUUAAAUAGAGAGCAAAUGGAGACUCUAGAUCAGUAUUUCUCAAUCAGGGACCUCGACCCACUAAAGGGUCUCAAGAUAUAUAUAUAUGUGGAAAUUAUUAACAUUUUCAUAGGUCAUGAAUUUUUUUUUUGUAUUCAAUAGAACAUUUUCUAGUUAUGUCAAUAGAAAUUGCUAUUUUUGAGUAAAAUAUAUUUUAUAAUAUUUCUAAAAAGGUGAUGUUUUAAUUUUUUUGACCUGAAAAGUAAUGGAAAUGAAU